AGUUAUGAACUUAAUAUUCAUUAGCCUCAGCAAAUACAGUUUUUCUUCUCUUUCUGGUAUUCUUUCCCUUUGAAAGAUGCUGACUUGUUACAAAUAAACCCCACAUAUGAUCCUCUUGUUUCCCCACACCAGAAAGGUCCUUCUCUCUGGUAUUCUUUCCUUCUGGGUACCAACUGAUACACCUUUUUGUAAUUAAAUCAUGGGAUUCUUCUUUGUUUCCAUAACACUGAUCUUUCAAAACCUUCUCUCAUUCCAUUUCAUCAAGGAUAUGCUCCUGUUUGUAUUCUCUUAUCCUCCUCCGUUAAAAAAAUCACAUGGACAUAUUCAAGAUUUUGAUGUUUAUUCAGAGGAAUAUCAUCGCCCAUCUCCUUUAUUAGUCCCAGUUCCAGUUCCUGCCCACUGCUUAGUUGAAUCCAUGAAGGAGCAGCUCCAGGUUGUAGAAUAUAGCCUCCUUCUCAAGAAGUCAGGAGCACCUAGACAAGAUGAUGGGCAAUGUGCUGUGUGCUUGAACCGCAUAGGAGAAAGCCAGGAAGUGAGAGAGCUUUCCGUAAAGAGUGUAUAGACAUUUGGAUGGAUCAAGGGCAGGGAACCUGCCCUUUGUGUAGAUCAAAGCUCUCCCCAGCUGAUCAGGGAGAGGAGUUGAAGUGUGGAGGGAGAGGAUGAUUUAUUUGUUUGGUGAAGAUUAUGUGAUGGGUAAUGAUGCAUUUUGAUCAAUUCUUUUUCCUCCUUCCUUCUAUGAACUGCUAUGUAUAUCUCAUGAAAGCUCCUUUGUUUCUUGAGCUUUCUCCUGUUUGAAGAAGAAACUGAUUAAACAGGGAAAUAUAAGCAAAGUAGGCUUCAGGUUAGAAAAUAUGUGUUUGUAAUCUUGUGUUAAUCCUUUCCUCUCAAACAUAAGUUUCAGCGAGGAUUAUGCGGUAGCUGCAUGGUUUUUAUCUCUUACGGUCGUAAAUUGCAGCAAUCAAGGGACUGUAUAUUCAAGAAAGCAACUGCUCAAAUCCAACAGCUAGCAGAUUAGCAUGUUUCUUAUUUCUCAAACUCCUCUAUAUAUAGAAUUUUCUUUGGAAGUUUCAUUUACGAUUGAAGGAGAAAAUAGUUUUUUGAUUUCUAUACGAUAUGAUCUACUUAAAAAACGAUCAUAUGUUUUUGGGGUUCGCAGGGAAUAGGGUCCCAAGCCCAUUCCAUUUCUAGUUUAGGUUUAUUUGAUUUUCCCGAUCUUCGAUCUAGACCCUAAUUAUCAUUUCCAUAUUCUCAUUCCAUCAGGGGCAAAUCCCGUGGAGGAGGCUACAUGGCCGGUGUUUUGGUCAUUCCCAUAUUCCUUUAAGUCCACAAGUCAUAUGAUGGGACUCUGCCAUUAUACAAGUUUGAGCUUAAUUCAUUAGUUUUAACCUCAAAGCAACCAACCAGGUCCACCUACUACCACUUUCAACCUUCAAUAAAAUCUUGCUAUAAAAAGGAAGCCCCACUUGGAUAUAAUGCUCCUUAUCAUUCUUGUGAGCUGGCUUUUUCUUAUUCCUUCCUUUCUAUGUCCACCACUACUCUUCCCUUUACCUGAUCAUGGAUUUCUUUUCUCUUAGCUUUGAGAGCACAAUACUCAUAUCACAAAUCCUACAAACCCUUUUCCCAUCAGGCCAUUUUUUCGAGGACAUGCUCAAGCUUCUCCUCUCUUAUACCUCUCUCUCAGCCAAGUCCCAUGCAGAUGGACAAGAUGCUGAAGCUUCUUCACAGAACUACAACACCUUAUCUCCUUUACUUGUCCCAGUUCCUGUCCUCUCAAUAACUGAAUCCAUGAAAGACCAGCUCCGGGUGGUGGAAUACAGUCCCCUUCUUGAUGAGUCCAAAGCCACAAAAGAAGGUGAUUCACAGUGUGCAGUGUGCUUGAAUAUCAUAGGAGAGCAGCAUGAAGUGAGGGAGCUUGGGAACUGCUGUCAUGUGUUCCACAAAGAGUGUAUAGAUGCUUGGAUGGAUCAGGGCCAGGCGACUUGCCCUCUGUGCAGAUCAAAGCUAAUGCCUGCAGGUGAUGAUGAACAUGGAAGGAAUGAGCUGAUCAAGAAUGGAGGAGAUCCAUGGAGGAGGGAGAGGAUGAUUUACUUAUUUGGUGAAGAUUAUGUGAUGGGGUAAUGGCUUGGGCCCCAUUUGGUUGCUGUUUGAGGCCAAGUUUGCUGCCUCUGAUGCUGUAGCUGGUUUUUCAUACUGGAGAGAGAAAGUCUUCAUUCCAAUAUCAUGUUUCACUCCUACCUCCAAUAAUUGUACUAGUCUUUUAUCUUUUCUUCUAGAUUACUAGGUACUACUGUCCCCACGAAUGAUUCUCUCUCUAAUUAUAGAUUCUAUCCACUCUAAGCCUAAUAGAAUCUACGACUUUAAAAGGGUGCUUUUGUUUCUUGAGCUUUCUCCUGUUUGAAGAAGAAACCGAUUUAAUCCGGGAAAUAUCAGCAAAGUAGGCUUCAAGUUAGAAUAUGUGUUUGUAAUCUUGUGCUAAUCCUUUCCUCUCAAACAUAAGUUUCAGUGAGGAUUAUGCAGUA